GAAAUUGAUCAGUCUCUUAUUCGCAUGUGUGCAUACUGUGCGUAUUGCCUUGAUGUUGCCUGAAGUCACAAGCAUUAUAAGCAAAGAUAGAUGGCGGCUAGCAGUGGAAUCUAGGUACAGUAGAAUAAUUAGAUUCCCACUCAUUGAAUAAUACCAAAUACCUGGGACCUUACCGAAACAAUAGGCAGCGAGCUCAAAUAAAUCAGUCGAUUUAUUCAAGGCUGUUACAAAGAUAUUGCAUUUGAAAACUUUGUCAAGGAUAACACAAAGCGCUAGUUACGAAGAUGGCUUUGACUACUGUCCUCAGGGAUAUCUUGCCAUUGUUGGACAUUUCAGCUUAUUGCAACUACAAAUCGGCGUUGGAAAAAACAAUUACUUGUGUGUCGCAGUAUUGCAAAAGUGGGGUUUGUUCUGAACAUUUAAGAAUAUUUUUCUUAAAUCAGCGUAUCAACCAAUUAUUUGUACUUGUUGUAAAAGACUGCGGAGUUACAAACGAUUUAUCCUACCCAAAGAUACCCGUACUCCUAACUCCUCCACCAUCACCUGGCAUUAGCUCGUUGUUAUGUUCUCAAUGUGGACAGUUUUUAGCACUCAUAUCUGAAACAUGUGUGUUUGUUGUGGAUGCACAGUUCGGCUUAAAAGAAUUCUGUCAGGACCAAAUUGUUCGUCCAAUAUACUGUGCUAUUGAUCUUAGAGACCUUUCCUCAAAAUCAAAAUUAAAUGACGUUAUAGUAAAGGUGCGGUGGCAUCCAAAAUCUAACAGAACAUUGGUUAUUGUGACCGAAAAUUCCUUUAUAUAUUACAUUCAUUGUGUAAAGUCCUCGGAAAAUCAAAGCAUUCGAUUCAAUUUAUGGCUUGAAGCAGAUCUUUCAGUAUUUACUCAUAGCGCUCUUGAUGCUACCUACCAGGAUAUGAGUGACUCGGAUGAAGGUUCUUACAAUGAAAACGAUGAUAACAGUUCAUCACUGUCCAAUACGAAAAUGAAUCUCAGUUUUGCUUUAGGCAGCAAGUGUGUUGACUUUGAUUUUGGUUCCCCACUAUUUAUAUCAAAACGCGGUUUAUCGGAAGCUCAGUUACAAGAUUGCUGUUUGUUCCUUCUUUAUGAAACAGGUGAUGUUAUUCAAGUAUGUGGAUGCUUGUCAGUUCGUAAAAUGAAUCAGCUAAAAUGUAAUGUUUUGCACAUUUUCCCACCAUCAAUUGAUAAUUAUGGAGAUGAAUUCUGUUCUAUUCAUUGUAUUCGUCCUAUUGACAGUUCAGAAAUGUUUUCAUUUGAAAAACCUCCUGAUAUAUUAGUGUUAGCUGAUAAAAUUGGUCGUUUGCAUAAUGGUAUUGUUCUACGAGCCAAUAUACCUGGACAGAAUAAAAACAAAAAUCAAAGUACCACCCCUUCAGUUUUACUCUGUCUCAUUGAUAUUGUGGAUCUCGAUCUAAUGUCUAGUAAUACAACAACUAGUCAACAGUGUCAUCCAAACGGUAGUAUACUUCAUUCUUCAAAUUAUUCUGAAUACAAUCAUUUUGAAUCUCCAUCGUUGUCAUUAGAACCAGCUAACUUAAAUUUUUUGGACAAUAUUGAUUAUAAUAGUUAUUCAAUAGAUGGUUCAGAUUUUGUUAAAAAUAAGAUUUUCGGCUUAAAAUAUUCACAUCAAGGAUAUUAUGUAAUCCAUCACAUGGGUAUUCAUCUUGUUAAUUUAUCAUGGAUUGAAAAUCUUUCUCUAUGGUGUAGCGAAUUUAACAGUCAACUGUUAAGUGAUUCUAUCAAAUCUCCUAUUGAAGAGAUUCGGGAUUGGCAGUCAUGUGUGAAACACCUUGUCUGUGGCCAAAUUACUAUCUCUACUCCUGACGGGAUGAAUGACGAUAUGGAGGGAAAGUUUAGACUAGCUGGCUUUAUUGAACUACCAAGUAAUUUCCUGUCAAAAAAUCAACCGAAAUCCAAAACUACAACUACAUUAGCUGAUUGUCGAUCAACUAAAGGUGUCACACUUUUGUUUAUUCGUGCACCUAUCCAACAAAUUGAUUCGACUGCCAGUAUGACUGAUUAUUCAUGUCUGGUGCAUUUCAUCAAUCUAACACGGAAACCUGAAAUUUAUGCUAUGAAACAACAACGUUACACUGGGUUAGAUUCGAGGUUAUCAAAUUUGUUUAUCUUCAUACUCAUAUGAUAACUGCAUUGAAUAUAAAAAUAACUAUUAUAAGAUUUUGUAAAAUUUCAUAGCUGGUCAAACUUGUCUUUGCAAUAUAAUUUAUUUAUUUCUGUAGUUUACAGCAAAUGUAGUAAUAGGCAACCGUUUUACAAAGAAAUUUACAAGUCUAAUGCUCGAACAUUUGAUAUUGACUUCUAGCUCCUUUCCAGUUUUCAAUAAAUCUCUAACAUUUGAUCCGGAAACAAAGGGAGGAAAAUUAUAAGUGGCUUUAAGAUUAAAGGUGCAAUGGCGUCUUAUUGUGCAAUCUACUUUUUUUAUAGCCAAAUGCUCUAACCAUAAGGUCACCGUCCCAUUCUCUCAGGCUCUGUUGUUUAUGUAACAUUACUGUGAUGUGUAUUUUUUGAAACUUAUUUUCAUCGUUAAGUGACAUAAGCUUAGUACAUUAUUGAAAACCAGGUAGGACUGAUGAUUCGUUUCAUUUUUGUUUGGGACUUCUCGGCGCUGUUUGUCGACAGUCACCUCCCCUUAAUCAAGUGCAUACUUUGAGAGUUAUUUUUAUUCAUUUUUUUGCACUUCUUUCAUUCUCGUAAUAUGUGUGGUGUACAAUGUAAGUUGAUGAAUUCUUUUGUCUUUUUAUAUCUCAGAACUACUGAUCAAUAUGAUUCCUGUAACUCAACUCUCCGUUCACAUUUCACAUCUCAAAUAAAACAAGUACUAUCGGGAGAAAAUUCAAAUUUUCCAGUGAUAACAGGAUUAAAUUUACAACCUAAUCUUACCCAGCAACAGUUGGUUCAAUUUUUUAUUAAGGUAAUGUGUGAAUCUUAUAAUUCAGUUGCUGAAUAUUAGUUGAUACUUAUUGUAGUUGCACCGAUAUUGAAAUCACAACUUACUCGUGAAAUGUUUCUGAAUUCAUUUUGUCUGGUUAUUAGUUUUAUGUAUAAUGAUUAAAUCAGAACAUUAUAGUCUAGAUCGGUGCUUACCGCUUUUGUUCGUAGCCCACUCUACUUACUUUGGUUUAAGAAACUGGAUAGUAUCAUUAACCUUCACACCUAUGCACACAUAUCUAAUAAACAACUUGGUUAUUAUUCUGAGCUUAUUGUUUGGUUACAUGCCUUUAUUAUUUCUAACUUCUGACUAGACAAAAUGAUUAUCAUAGCGCUUGAUGCAAUCGUAAAAAUGUUGUCAUACUCCGAAAUUUUGAAUGACUGGAAAUAAAUAACCUUAUGUAAUUUGGUUUGUUUUAGGUCUCUGACAUAUUGCGCAAAGGACCUCUAGAUCGUUUAAUGAGAGCUCGCUCAAUGAUUGAGCAUCAUUCUAGACAAUUACAAGAUAUAAUUUCAGCUCAACAUUCCGAAGCAAUGAAGCUAACAUCUGAACGUCAAACUUUGCAAUCUAAAGCAGAGGAGUUAGCAAAACGUCACUCUGUAAUCACUGAGCGUCAAAGUAUGUUAGACAAACGUAUGGCUAACUUAGCAACUCGUUUGGCCGGUAAGUAGAUAGUUCUUUAACUUCCUGUUAAAUUCUUAUAAAUUUUAAAACAAAAUGUAAUAAUGUGUUUCUAAAGCUUACAUCUAUUUAACGCUAUAAAAACUGAAUGGAACAAUUACCAAGUAUCCUGAUCAAGUCAGUCAGUUGUGAGCAACGUCGGAUCUUCUGCAGGUAUUCAUCAGCUAAAGUUGUAACAUUUCACCAACACAGCAACAUUGGUUCAACAAGUCAAAUAACGAGAUUUGAAAUAACACAAAAAAAUACUAGAUAUCGAGGAACGUGUUCGUAAUUAAGAAAUGAGGUGAUGUUACAUAAUAGUGGGAUACUAUUUUUAGGAUUCAUGACCUAGUAUGUGGACUACUGCGACCGAUUUCGAACCUCGUCUCGUAAGGUCCCUAAUCAUUAACUAGGUACUUGGGGCCUACCAAUACAGUUCACAUUAGGAGUCAGUGACUUUAUGGCUUAAUUCCACUAUGUCUUCAGUUUGUUCCUUCGUGAACCAGCAUUGCUAAUUGAAGUAUUACCUUGUACGGUCUUAUGUGAAAUUGUAAGAUGACUGAAACGCAGUAAGAUCUUUGAGUUACAGGUUUUUCUAGCCAGUAAAAUUUUUCAAAACCUUAUAUGUUAUGACACUCUCUUAGGAAAAUGUCUAACUGUACAAUAAAUGAGUUAAAUGGAAGUAUGGGCAUGAAAUUACAGAUAUUUUUUGUUAAUAUUCGUUGGGAUUCACGUGAUUUGUUAUGGAACAGUUUAUAAAGUUGUUUUUGCGAGACUCAAAUUGAAAUUUAGCCUUGUAAGUGAUUACAUCCAAUCAGUUAUAGUGCUUUACAGUUCAGACAUAAAUGAAUCCUAUGUCUUUCUGAUGUUCCUUUGUGCAUAUAGGUCGUAGUAUUCUUCUAAUCAAUUAUAUUUAAGUAAUCGGGCUAACUGACCUAUGCAGUCUGUUGUUUUUUAGUUGGUUCACAAAAUGACCCGUGAAGUCACUCGUCUCAUUUGAUUAAAGUUUAAGGUAGAGUUAAGCACAAGUGCUUUAGUAUUUGAUAUCUGCUUAUGUAAAAACCUCACAUCUGUCACGGUUGUUUGGCUUGUCUGUAAAAUCUCUCCUAACUCUGGAAAAGUGACUUACGACCUGAUUUUCUGCCAAAACGGAUGGAAGUUAAUAUGAGUCGAAAUGAUAGUUCAUUUAGAUCAGUUUGUCCCAUCUAUUGCAACCCUUAAUAUAUAAUGGUGAAAUAACUUCAAAACUAAAGCUCUUCAAUUUCAGCAAACAUUACUAUUCAGUUAAAUUAAAUUUCAGUUAUUUCUAAAGGGUAUUAUCCUGUAGGUGUUCAUUAUUGAUUUCCACUGUUAUUAUUAUAAUCUACUUCUGUGUUUAGCUUUAGGCGAAGGUCCUACUAAAGCUGAAAUCGCAAUGCGUAAUGAAGUUAUCGUAAUUCGUGAUCGCCUACACAAAGGCCUUAGGCAAUGGUUAUCAAAUCUCAAGAACCGUCGUGACAAAUUGGAAAGACAAAUACUGUUGCGCAAAAAAACAGAAAAAUCACCUAUUCGUAACUCUCUUCCUGGCAGCAUUCUUAGAACCACGGAAAAUAUAGAAGGAAAUCAGUGGCAAACAGUAUCAGAAGAACUUCGCCGGGAAACUUUGGAAAUCAAAAUGUUAAUUAACGCAGUUAAAACGCUUAACACAAAGACUAUAAAUCCCACCUAGUACCUUAUUUUAUUUUCCCGUGCAUAAUUAAUUCCAGAAAGAAAUAAUACUGAACCUGUUCAUUUGGAUUAUUUUGUAUAUCUUUAAGUUAAUUUUAUAAGUAAAUUAUCUUCUCGAUCAUGUGACAC